AUGGCGAACCCGCCCUCGGUGCCGCCUCAGCGCUCCCAGGUGCUGAGGGCAGUGAGGGGGCAAUCCCCCCCCCGCUACCGGCAGUUCCCGGAGCUGACGCGGGCGCAGGUGAUUCGAGGCGAGGUGCUGAGCGGCUUCAUGUGGUUCUGGAUCCUCUGGCAGUUCUGGCACAACUCGGACAUGGUGCUGGGACACUUCCCGUAUCCCGACCCUUCGGCCUGGACGGACGAGGAGCUCGGCAUCCCUCCGGACGAUGAGGAAUAGCAGCACACCGUCGGCCUGGACGGACGAGGAGCUCGGCAUCCCUCCGGACGAUGAGGAAUAGCAGCACACCGGUUCCUGGAACUAAUUGGGGCCCCUGGAACCAAAUCUUUGGCUCCUGGGUCCUUAUGUCAAUAAAACUGUAAACAAAAUCUAA